AUGAUCCAAUCAGCUUCCAUCCCAAGUGGUGCGUUCAAUCAUGCGUACAAGACUCCCUACAGCCGCGCAGUCGGUACUACCGGGGCGGGAGCCUCUUUCGCUUCUGCGAGCCAGAACCAGAACCAUGGACAGAUCGGCAGGACUUCUUCGGCACACAUGCAGCAAACAGGCCAAUCGUUUCAGUUUACGUCUGUCCCAUCACCGCGAUUCCCACCGCCACAAUCACAGUCCCAGCAGGCUGUGAGACCGAGCGCGUCCCCACCUGCAGGCAUAUCCCCUCAUGAGGGCUACAAAUACCCCAUGGCCGUCCCACCGACCAGCGUUGGACAGCAGCCGCAGCCCGAACCACCCAAGGCAGCCGUUGGGGGCAGCCGCGUCGCGCAAUCACCCACCAUCCCGCAGUCGCCAGGCACGCAGGGUCGAGAGCAGCAGCGGAUAAAUCUGCUGCUGGAGAUCAACAAUGAGCUUCUGCAGGAGAUCGACAGGUUACAGGCCGACGGCCAAGGUGGCGUUUUCAGCCAGCAGCAGCUGCAGCAGCUACGCAGUGAAGGCCUGCCCGAGAAACACCCUUCGGAGCUCUACGUUCACACGAUGCGACGGGUGCAGGCGAAUCUGGCGUGGCUCAUGCCCACGGCCUCGCAGUCGAGCAAUGUGCCUCCGGGCCCUGCCCUUAUGACCCCACCUCCUCAUAUGCCUGCUCUUGUGCCCCUCUACGAUCGCCUGAAAGGCCUCUUCCCAGGAUGGCAGGGGCUGGAGGGUCGAAUGGCUGCAAAUUCAUCGUCACCACGACCCAAUGGACCGAUGGCACCCACUGCGGGCACGCCGCCGUCCCUGAUAUAUGCCCCGGCAUCACCACAGCUCUCCGCUGAGCGACGACUGUUGGUUGGCACAGAACGCCGCUUCGGCUGA